CCGCGCGCUGCUGAGGCGCAGGUCAACCAGAAUCCACAUGUCUGGGACUGAGGAAGCAAUUCUUGGAGGAGGUGACAGUCAUCCCUCUUCUGCUGGUGGCAACUCUGUAUUAUGCUUUGGACAGUACCAGUACACAGCAGAGGAGUACCACGCUAUCCAGAGCGCUCUGAGGCAGAGGCUGGGCCCAGAAUACAUAAGUAGCCGCAUGGCUGGGGGAGGCCAGAAGGUGUGUUACAUCGAAGGUCACAGGGUCAUUAAUCUGGCCAAUGAGAUGUUUGGUUACAAUGGCUGGGCACACUCUAUCACACAGCAGAAUGUGGAUUUUGUUGACUUUAACAACGGGAAGUUCUACGUGGGAGUCUGUGCGUUUGUGCGAGUCCAGUUGAAGGAUGGUUCAUAUCAUGAAGAUGUGGGCUAUGGUGUUAGUGAGGGCCUCAAGUCAAAAGCCUUGUCUUUGGAGAAGGCAAGGAAGGAGGCAGUGACGGAUGGGCUGAAGCGAGCACUGAGAAGCUUUGGGAAUGCACUUGGAAACUGUAUUCUGGACAAAGACUAUCUGAGGUCACUAAAUAAACUUCCACGCCAGUUGCCUCUUGAAGUGGAUUUAACUAAAGCAAAGAGACAAGAUUUUGAACCAUUUGUGGAACAAGCGAGAUACAGCAGCUGCCGACAGAACAUGGCUCUGGGACCCACAAAACCACAGGAGGCAACCUCUCCUUGCAGACCGAGCCACUCAGAUGAUCCCCCCGUUAUGAUGCAGGGGGAUAAGGACAGCAGAUCCAGAAGCCUGGCGUCCUCUGCUGCGGAGAGUGAUGCCACUUUCCAGCGGAAGCUCCGGCAAAAACAGCUGCAGCAGCAGUUCCGGGAGCAAAUGGAGAAACAGCAGCGAGUUCAGCUAUCGGCUCCAUCCAUUGAAAAGAAGAUUCCGGCAGACCCACCGGUGCCUCCUUUGAACCACAGCACUCCCAAAACUGAUGGAGCAGAACCACUCACCGAGAAAGACUUCCCUGCAGACAGUUUUGAAAUGUGGGAUAUGGCUCCAGAUGUAGGGGACAGUGCUGUCAAGCCCUUGUCUAGACCAGAAUCACACCAGACUGCUGCCACACCGGUCCUGAAGAACCAGAUGGUGACCCGGAGCCGGACCCCACAAAGCCUUUGCCACCAGAAUCCACAAGCAAAAUUGCACCUCCAAACUCCCAACGUUAACCAGCACAUAAUAGGAGACUGUGAUUCCUCCAGGAAGAACCAGGAGUUGAAGAAAAGGAAAUUGGAUCCAUCUUAACAGAGGCUCAGGUUACCUCACCAGACUCUCACAGAGGGACUUUAGAAAACUGCUUUUGGCCAUGAAAUUGUUCAUUAUUCCUAGGGAAUGAGCUUUAUUUCCAAGGAUUUACUUUGCUUCCUUCUGAACUCUUCCAGAGGAUUUGACCACUGGAGCCUACUGCACAUAAAGCUGAGCAGCUGGAAAACAAGUACUUUGAAAAAGCUUGUUGCACAUUGAGUAGGCUUUGGGUAGAUAACAUACCUUUUCUUGGGCACUUGAUACUUAUUUAUUCCUAACUAUUAUGUUAAUAAACACAGAACUUUCAGGAAUCACCAGUGGCUGAAAGUAACAUAAGCCAUACUACCAAGCACCAACUUUUGACAACGACCUACAUUACAGUACUGGGUGUCUGCCUUCUUUCACGUUAGGGCACCGAGUUCCAAUGCUGCCCACACCAGGACUGUGCGUCACGCUUAGAAUACGUGGAGUGGUGUUGGACUCCUGUGCAUCAGAGUCCAGGCUGUGAUCUUCAUCCGUGUUAACCUCUCGUUUAGUUAAGGGGACAGUGAUGUAAGGCCAAAGAAAAGGAAUUUCAAGAGCACAAAAUAAAUCCAUUACUUGGUAACAAAAUAGAAAAUGUAAGUUGCUGUAUAUAGUUCCCCAUUCAGAUGUGUGAUAAACCCAUCUAACAUAAAUUGUUUUACC